UCGAUUUAUUAAGACUUUAUUCUUACUGUAUGUAGAUAAAACAUAAUAUAAAAUAUUUUACGACAGAUUUUUAUGGUAUAAUAUUCAUACGGAACUAAUCUUCUAUGACACCGACCGGCCAUGUGUCUGUGAUACAAACAAGUGUUUAAUUCGUACAGCUGAUUUCCUCUGCUGCAUUUAGUUUCACUUGCAUUUGUUUACUUCCGGAGAUUUGUUCACAAUGCAGGCUGCCCUCAAACUAAAAACAAGUAUAUUGAAGAAAAAGAAUCCAGGACCUCUGACUUCUACUUCAACAGAAACUCCUGAACUUCAACAGCUGUGGACAGCUUGCUGUGAUGACAGCCCUUAUAACUGUCACACCAGCUGUCAGGUUCUACUAACUCUUGUCUAUUCUAAAGAUGCAGAUUAUUCUUAUGUACUCAAUGGCUUACUCAAUCUAAUACCUUCUGCCAAGAAUUUAACACCUUUAAUUUCUGCUAUCGGCGAUCUUCUUAUACUUCAAUGUCAUGCACAGAACAAAUGUUCCACCAAAUCAUAUAUUAGCCCUUACUCUAUGAGAACCCCACCUCAUCCAUUCAUUACUGUGUGUACAAACCGUCCAGAGAGUUGGCCUCUUCUACAGCAGCAAAUAUACCAAAUAUGUGUCCAUCAGAAAGAUAUAAUAUCUUCAAAUGCUGUUGCCAUCCUGAAACCAUUUCUGCUCUAUACAAUUUUGGACCCUGUUCGUCAGGAUUCCAUGAUGCCUAUUCGCCUUGCCAUACAGCAAAUUCUAUUUCAGCAAGCCUACUUAGCUACGUCUGUCGAUGAUGAUCAAUACAUAGGCUUUCUGUGCUCCAUUGUACCUCAUAUCCAGUUAGACUCUUCAAAGUCCAUUGGUGAAGGUGUCCAGUUUGUGAGCCAACUGCUUUUCAUAAUGUUGCAACAGUCAACAUGUCCCUCAUUGUUAAGACCUCUAGUACAAAAUGCUAUGGCAUUGUGCUAUCUAUGUCUACAGAGAGAUCUCUCUGUGAUGAUGCUUACUCACAAGAUUCUUCAAAUUGCUCAUAAAUGGCCUGAGGUUUUAUCAACAGGACAGAACAUCAUUUUACUGAGCCUGAUGCUUUUUGAAAUUAACGCUGACAACACAGUGGUACUAGACAUUGCAUUAAUAAUACUGAAUACCAAUAACACUGCUGUUCAUCCUGUAGUCCAUGGAUGCUUAAUAUUACCCUUGCUAUAUCUCAUGCUGUCACCCCAAGCAGACCCUUUUACUCUACACACCAUACAAACAAAGUCUACCUCCAUUAUAGAAGCUAUGGAAAAAAUUCAGCUAGAUUACAAGGUCUCAGCCUCUUCAGAGACUGAUUCAACUGCAGGGAUGUUGCCAAUUUCCUGGUCUGAAGAACCGUGUAUGACAGAAGGUGCAUAUCAAAGCAGACAGUAUUUGAAAUUGUGUUCUGAUAUAGUAAAUGAAUCAGAAAUAAAUUGUCUCCUGUUAAUGAACAACAUUCAAGAAUCACUGACUGGCAUCAAUGAAAUUCCUGUGAUAAUGACCAAUUUUUUAGCAUCAUUAUUUGUCACACCACAGUGUACAAAUUUCUCUGCAAAUGCUAUGAAUGGUUUGCUUGUAGUUGCUGAAAAGGAUGACAGGCAGGCUUCAUUUUUGCUUCCCUUGUUUCUCUAUCAAAUUGGACGUGAACCAGAUCCUAGUCGCAAACUGAACAUCCUUAAAGCGAUUCCUAAACUUGCUCAACAUAAGGUUGUAGUUGGUCCAAUUUUGAAAUCUAUCCAAGAAUUAGGCUCUUACAAGGGGCUGAAAGCCAUUUUCAUUACACUACUGACAGAAUUGUGGAAAAUACAGGACCGCUGCUUCCCCCAGUUGCAGAAAGCACUUACAGAAGAGUCCAUCACUCCAGGUACCAUAGCAGCAAUAACAAAUGAAGUAGUUUUUGCUAAAGCACACUCGAUCACAAGUAUCUGUGAAUUAAGGCCUGUACAGCAUGGACCAGAUAUGUUAAGUCUUUUAUCUGAUAUUCUCAAUAGCUGCUUAUUAAAAUCAACCACUCCAGCGGCAAUAAUGGCAUUGAAAGGAUUAACGCACCUUUGUGAAGCAGAAGUGAUCAAUAUUCAAAGUCUGUGGAAGUUACUGUCAACCAAACUUGCCAAUGAUUCUAGACCUGGCAUUACCAUAGAAAUUUGCAAGUUAUUUGCUCUAGUACCACAAUUAGCUGUUCAAAAUGAAGAAUUUGAGAAAUUCCAGGAAGCUGUUGUCAGUAUGCUGUGGUUAAUUUCUCAAAAGUUUGGUGAUUCCAGUUCCAAACAGAACAAUCCUGAAGUCAGUGCUGCUGCUUUUCGGGCCUUAGCAGCCUUCAAAGUUGACAAUUUUACCAUAAGUCAUUUUCCACAACAAGUGACAGAUGAUUUCCGCAUGCAAGCUGAAGCUGUUAUCAAGUUGGAAAUAGAAAAGAACCCUGAUAUGACCAUUGAAAAUGUUUUCCCUAUAGUGCCUGGAGUAUGUUACACACGCAUUAUUCCAACACUAAAAAUGCAGGUACAACUUGAUGCUUAUGAAGAAUUCUUGAAUAGUAUGGUAUACAGUGAAGUAACAAAUCUGCCCCGAGGAAUUUACAGCUCAUUAAACAGAAAGUAUGGCACAGGAAACCAAGAGAAAGCUUUAGAUGAAAUACCAACCCUCCUUCAGCAUCUUUAUGAACAAACCAAACAACCAGGCCUGAGACCAGGAUUAGCUGCUGGCCUGCUCUUUGCUUAUAACCUACCGGCUGAACAAAACAAAGCACCAAAGCCUCAUAAAAUACUGAGCCGAAGCAAAAAUUUCCAGCAGAUGUUCAGUACGUUACUUCAUGAGGUCCCAGUUCAACCUUCAGAAUGGCACCGCUGUCUGCUAAUGCCUCAUACGUGGGUUUCAUUUAUAGACCGUCUUUUUGUUGCAAUGAUUGAAGGUCGGCACGCAGAAAUUGACCUUCAACUACAACAUAACCAGAUUCAAGAAGAUGAAGUUUCUGCCAAAAAAAAUAGUGCAUGGUUAUGGGUGCGAGAUACACUGACCGGUGUAAUAAAAGUUACAUCAAGAGGCAAUCCUACUAUGCAAGCAAAUUGUGUGAUGGCACUCUCUGGUGUGGUUUGUGCAGUAAACAAGUUCAGAUCUGGGCAAGAUUCAUCAUCACUUGGAGAAGAGGAAUCUGGUUCUGCUCACAUGAAACACAAGCAAUGGUUCAUGCUAGUCACUGACACCUUACUCUCUUUAUGGAAUGUCAAAUAUAAAACCAGUGGAAAUAAUUUACUAGGACUUUGCCAGCAGCGCAGUCAAACUGACCGGGCUCCAGCAAGUAUGCUAUGCCAGGCUUCUGCCUGUCUGGCACUUCCAAGAUUAGUGAGCAGCCAACUCUCUCCAGAGACAUGUGGCAGAUUGUUUGAAGUCCUGUCUAUGAUGACGUUAUCACUACCUGGAAAAAGCAACCAACCAGAAUCUCCAGUCCUUAUAUUCCACAAUGGAUUAGCUCUUGGCAUUUUGAUAUCUAGGCUUUUUGAAGAGCAUUUUGUUGAAGUCUGUGGACCCAAAAAUAUGGAAGAAGUAUGGAAAUCUCUUGAGGCUCUUGAAGAAUGUGCCUUGAAUGAUAGUUUUCCAAGCAGGUCUGGUUGCAUUCUUGGGUUAACUCUGGCACUCACUUCUUUGUGUGAAGAUGGAAAACCAGAAUCUCGCCGACAUCUUGCUGAAAUACUCGAUAAAUUAUUUUCUCUUUUGAAAAAUACAGAUUCUUCUUCAGAUAUAUUCCAGGUCCUUUGCUUUGCUGUUGCCACUUGCAGUGGUUCUGUGUUUUCAGCCAAUAUUAUCAAUGCUGAUACAAUCAACAGUAUCUUUGAUUAUCUGAAGAACCUUAGUGAAGCACACCCACAAAUGUGUGGCGUCAGCCUGGCUGUUGGUAGUUUGUGUUACAGCCUCAAUAUGCUUGGUCAUGCUAGCAUCAACAAAACCACACAAACACUUUGUGACAGUUGGACUGAUUGUUAUUUGAAUGAGGACACACCUACACUGGAGCGAGUAUCAGCACUUGGAGCUUUAAUGGCACUAAUUGGCUCUGAAAGAAGCCUGAUCAAUAUACAAACCAUUCCUUCAUUGUGUAGCAAUGUUGUUAAUCCAGCAACCAUAAUUCAAUUGGUGAAAACUGUUUUGAAAAGUCAGGAAGAAGUUGGGAUACAAUGUUGUUCUGCUUGGAUGUUAGGUCAUGCCUAUUUGGCAAAUUCUACAGUAUCAGAAGUAAAAUCAAGUGUACCUACCAAUUAUCAUUAUUUGGACAACAAAUACAUAAUUCGUGCAUUAGUAGAUUUUCUACUAGAUCAAGGCAAACGAGGUUCUGAAACGAUUUCCAACUCUGCAGUGAAGUUAGCUCUUGUUGCACUCAAUAAGAAUAUCAAAAGAGCCCUACCUCCUCUCAACUGGGCUCUUCUGUUUUCCCCUUAUCUCAGAUUGACUUACAGUACUGAAGUAAAAUGUCUCAGCCUCCAGGUAGCAAUAUCUCAGUCAACAACAUCUUCAUCUGCUUCCGUGUUCCUUGCCACAUGGCUCAGUUCAGCUUUAUUUAAUUCUUUGCCUGUGGAAGCUCAGAAUAUAUUUUAUCAAAACUUGGAUGUCCUCAUCAAAUGCAUCCCUUUGAAAACACUCAAGGAAUUUCUGGAACAUGAAUGCGUUAACCCGUUUCUCUUUGACCAAAGACAAUCUCAGUCUUCUGUCACUUUGAAUGGUCUACAGAAAGCAUUAAUGGUGAAUGACCCUCCAGAGUCUGUUACUGAGCUCUUGUACACCACCGUGGAACGUAUAUACAAAGCACUAACACCACAUUUUCAGCCUAACCUCUACAACAUGAUGUGUAAAUGUCUAGCAAACCUUCCAGAAGACAGAUUUGACCAACUUACUGAUGAUGAUUUCCUUGAUCCACAAUUAUAUAUUAAAGGAACAUAUGUCCGGUGCUUCCUUGUGGCCAAUGGAAAGCAGCCUCUAGCUUUGUUAAAUAGCUGCAUCGAUGCUCUCAUCAAUAAUGGUCAAAAUAUCCCAGAGCUUUACAGCUUCUGCCUCCUGUUUCUAUCACAGUGCUUCUAUAUCUGUUCUCUGAAUAAAACUCACAUCAAAAAUCGUCUGGGAUGGUUUUUAGAACUAAUUGGCCAUGUUCGCAACCUAGCUACUGGUGGACUUCAAUUGCUAAAUGCUACCAUGAAAUCAAAUAUAGCUUUAGAUUUUGCAAUUCAGAUAGUUUCAGCAGCCAUUUGUUGUUGGACAUCAUCUAUAGCCAGCACAAUAUCUGGUCAACAUCCAGCAUUUAUGGUGGAUUUGGUCGAAAAACAUCAAGAUGGUAUAAAAAUGCAGGAAAUCUCUCUCUCUUUAAAGCAUCAACCCAAUUAUUGGCUCCAGUUGUUGCCAACUUGUGUCACUUGUUUAACUCAAGAACCUUGGAAAGCAGUACUUAACAUGUUUAUUGACUGGUUGUUAAUUAUGUAUGAACUACCAGAUGACAAGAUCACACCUCAAACUAAAAGAAUUCUAAAUAAUUGUUUGUGCAACCUGCGGAAUACCAAAGAAUUCAAAAGGGCAUCAGUCUGGAACAAAGUUUUUAAAGAUUUACUUGAACCAACUGUAAAAGAACAAGAGUAACAUUUUCAUAUAAAGUUAGCAUCUAACUUCCUGAGGAAUUACCAAUUUUUUUGUUUUUGUUGUGUAUAAAGUAAAAUAAAAAUGCCUCUUUCAAAUAUAUUUUGGAAAUAAAAUCUAUCCCCAAAAUAUUGUUCUUU